CAAGGGGAGUUAAGUUCACAGGACGCAGGAAAGUUCUCCGCAGACUAAUGUUUGGCGCUCUUCAUUCCGCCCAUGACCGAGUACACGUAGAAACCCCCGAGAACUGAGCUGCGAGGAGGGCUGCACACUCGGAACAAGCACAAGGACACCGAAGAGGCGCUUCACUGAGGGAAUAGAGGAAGAGGAGAGAAAAGGGAGAGAGAGCGAGCGAGAGAGAGAGAGACUGAGAUAGAGAUCCUAUCUCACUCUCCCAGUUGAGCUCUUCAGCAGAUCGCGUCUCGCUACUGCAGGACAAUGUCUAGUAAAGCGACUUUAGCCUUACUCAUCUAUGGAAUCAUAAUGCAUUACAGCGUCUACUGCUCACCUGUGGGGCUUAGCUUUCCCAGCGUUAGACUUGACAGUGAGGUUUACGAUGAGGAUGGGAACUCCUUACCCUCCCUGGAUUACGACAGAGACCAAAUGGAUGUGAGAAGCCCUCCGUCUGACGACGUCUACACUUUGUAUUACCCACCAGAGAAAAGAACGGAAAGGCAUGCAGACGGCAUGUUUAAUAAAGCCUACAGGAAAGCGCUGGGUCAGUUAUCAGCCAGGAAAUAUCUGCAUUCUCUGAUGGCAAAACGUGUAGGCGGGGGGAAAACGCUGGACGACAGCUCGGAGCCACUGUCCAAGCGACACUCAGACGGGAUCUUCACAGACAGCUACAGCCGCUACCGGAAGCAAAUGGCAGUCAAGAAAUACCUGGCAGCAGUCCUGGGGAAAAGGUAUAGACAGAGAAUUAGAAACAAAGGACGCCGACUGGCAUAUUUGUAGCAUCCUCCCCCCCUACUCCUCCCCCUCCUGAAAGAAAAAAACAAAAAACUUAAGUGUGUGCAGCCCCACAUGAAGUCAUUUUGAGAUCUGAACAAUCAGUGGAUCGCUUUUGUGUUCUUAAACAUGUAUUUAUGUAUGAAGUAAGCCAUUAAAAUGAAUAUUUUGAUAAUAAUAUUGUUUUUUAUUUUGUACUUAAAGCACUUGAGGACACACAUAUCUACUUUGUGGACCAAUUUUUUGUUCAUUCUAAAAAAAGAAAAGAAUAAUAGCCUCUAUUUAUGUAUUCAUUGAUUUAUUUUUUUUAGUAUUUAUUGAGGGGAGAGAAUUGUUGACAUGCUCCAAACAGCCCUGUCUUUUAAACGUUUUAGUGAAGAGAUAUGAUUGUGAGGAAAAUAAAUAGUUUAAAAGACAAUCAAAUGUAUUGAAUGCUGCUUUUUGUAAAGUGACAUUAAGAGUUUAGUUGUCUUUAUUCACAACAGCCUUGAAGACAUAGGUUUUCACCAUAUCCUACAAGACAUAGACUUUGAUGCCCUCCCGGACGGGGAUGAGUUUGAGGCUAUUUUGGGAGACUGGCUGAAACAGUUCUCUCCCGAAUUCCCGGUGAGUUUCAGGCUCUUUCCUGAGGCCGUAAUCCUCGCAGGGGCGCCUCAUGUCCCCCCUCUUUUCUUCUCACCUUUAACCCUCAAACACUCAA